UGCGCUGCGGCGCCGGCGGGAGCAGGCUGCAGCGGCAGGAGCUGGUGGCGCGCGCUCGCCCAUUGAUGGCGGAGGCCGGGGGGCCCGCACCGCCCGCAGCCUCCCGCGCCCGCGACGCGCCUGUCUAUCUGCGUGAGCUAGUCGGAUGAUGGAGGGCGGGCCCGGCGCGGGCGUGGCGUCGCUCACCAUGGACUGCGAGGACAUGUUCAAGGAGAUCACCAAGAAGCUGUACGGCGAGGAGGCCGUGGGCGUGGGCGUGGGCGUGGGCGUGGUGGGCGUGGAGUUCCCGGCGGCCGAGCGCGACCUGGACGAGGACCUGCGGCCCGAGGAGUCGCUCACGGCCUGGGGGCUCGCCGCGCUCAUGCAGAACGGCUUCCCGCCGCCGGGGAUACUGCAGGCGAACUUCACGCCGCGCAUCGACCCGAGCGCCGAGGACCGCUGGUCGGCGGCCGAGGAGCCGCUGGCCUGGGCGCACUCGCGCAUCGCGUCCUACAACCCCGCGCAGCGCCUGUUCAAGUGCGCCGACUGCGAGUGCGUCGGCUUCAUGGCGCGCAUCGCCGAGCACUGGCUGGGGACGCACUCACAGGCGCGCGCGUUCCAGUGCCCGGUGACGGGCUGCGGCUUCGCGUCGGGCUGGGCGCGCGGCGUGCGCACGCACCUGGCGCGCGACCACCACUCCGACCCCGCCGCCGCCGACCACCUGCUGCGCGACAACGCCGCGCUCGACGACCUCACGCGCUACCUCAACCGCCUCAAGGCCAAGGUGGAACAAGCGCGAAACGAAAGGCGGAACAGCGUCGGCACCGAGACCGCCCAGGUGCAGGCGGAGGCGGGCGCGGGCGCGGGCGAGGCCGGCAAGCGCUACGCGUGCGGCGCCUGCCCCUACGCCACCGACCGCCGCGACCUCUUCACGCGCCACGAGAACAUCCACCGCGACGAGAAGCCCUUCCACUGCUACCUCUGCCAGAAGCAGUUCAACCGCGCCGACCACGUGAAGAAACACUUCCUGCGCAUGCACAGAGACCAGCCGUACGACUUGAACAGGAUCAGGCGGGCGCAGCCGAAGCCGCAGCCGGCGGCGGCCCCGGCGCCGGCGCCGACGCAGGCGCUGCAUUACUACACGAAGCCGCCGGCGGAGCCGCCUCCCCCGCCGCCGCUGGAGUUCCGGCCGGCGCCGCCCGCGCCCGCCGCGCCGCCGGGCCCGCCGCCCGCCGCGCCGCCGCCCGUCAAGCUGGAGCGCGCGCCGCUCGCCAAGGCCGAGCCCGCGCUCGGGCCGCACCCCGGCCACCCGUCGCACCCCGCGCACCCGGCGCACCCCGUGCUGCACAAGCAGGCGCCGCCCGCGCAGCCGCCGCAGCCGCCGCCCGCGCCCGCCGCCGUCGCCACGUCCUCCUCACCCGUCCGAAGAAAGGGCGAGCGGCGCUACGCGUGCUGCUACUGCUCGUGGUCGGGCGUGGACAACUGGUGCCUGAAGCGGCACCUCAACACGCACCUGAAGCCGUUCGCGUGCGCGCUGUGCGAGUACAAGGCGGCGCGCGCCGAGCGCCUGGCCACGCACGUGCACAAGGUGCACAACAAGAAGUCCUGCGGCAAGUGCAACUUCCUCGCGGACGACCAGCACCAGCUCGCUCACCACUUGCGGGAGACGCAUCACAUCGAGCAUCGGAACCUUAAAGUGCCCACCGGCGUGGGCCGCGUGGCCAGCGGGAGCUUCAGCGUCGCAACGGCCACGGUGUCCACCGCCACCGACGCCGUCACGACGGUCGUGACCAACGGCGUCGUCGCCAACGGGGUGGUGACCAACGGAGUCGUGAGCAACGGUGUCGUGAGCAACGGCGUCGUGAGCAACGGCGUCGUGAGCAACGGUGUCGUGACCAACGGCGUCGUGAGCAACGGCGUCGUGAGCAACGGUACCGGCGCGUCGGCGGUGGUGGCGGGUGUGGGGGUGGGCGGCGGCGCGGCGGACGGCGGCGCGGGCGCGGCGCGGCGGCGGGAGGCGCGCGCGGCGGGCGCGGCGCGGCUGUUCGGCUACCUGGAGGCGUCGGACGGCUCGGGCGACGAGUACGAGGGCGCGCUGGGCGGCGAGUUCGCGGGCGCGGCGGGCCCGCAGCACGGCGCGGCGCCGCACUACGCACGCGACAAGGAGAACGCCGCGCCGCUGCACCACGCCGUGCACCACGAGCACUGCCUGCGCUACUAGCGGCCCGCGCCCGCCCGGCCCGCGCCGCCCAGCUGACGCCAGGCGGCCGGCCGCCCGCCGCGAGGCGUGCUCGCAGGCCACGCGCCGGGUGGUGACCGUAGCAUUGCGCCGGUUUCGAAUGUGGCUCAUUUUAAGCCGGACGAAGGAACGCUUUUCGAUUCUCUUUGUGAAUUUCUCUAAGACCCACUUUGUUGUUGCCCGGGCCGCCGCAGCGCGGCGCGUGCGUCCUCUUCGCCGUUCGAAGUGUAGUGUUUUCACUCAUUUUAUACUAAGGACUCGCUCUCACGCUGAAUUGAAAUAUUAUGUAGUUAAGAAUAAGCGUAUUGUGAACGAUUCUUGUUUAUUGACGAAGACAUUCCACUCGUACCUGUGAAAUAGUGUAGGGUUUCGUUCGACGGGUUCCGUCAACUCACUGAGUAGAAUAGCCAGUUUUAUUUACGAAAAAAUUAAGAUAACUUUAUACAUGGUAGUUGUUCGACAACUUCUGUACAAACUGUUAAAUUAUGAGUUAUACUAAAUAAAGUAUUUACUAUUACAAAA